AUGGAUAUUCUCGGAGUCUGUUCCCUCGCUCUCGGAGCUGGUACCUCCAUGACAUAUUACGCAUUUUAUUGCAGAUCCUUCCUCCAGUGGGUGUAUUGGGGACUCAAUCUCUUCUCAGCGAUAGGCGCUGCUAUCACUUUGUUUGACACCGGCGGCGGCGGUACUAAAAUGAGAACUCUACGAGGAGGUGUUUUCUCCUUACUCGCUAUUUCUGCCAUGCUGCCCAUUCUCCAAAGUGUGAUUGAGUUAGGCUGGACUCGUGCGGGUAAUGAAAUUGGUGCUGGGUGGUAUCUCGCAGAAGCACUCUCCCUCUUGACUGGAGUGAGCGUGUUUGUCUGUCGAUUCCCAGAGAGACUGAGCCCCGGAACCUUUGACAUUUGGUGUCAUUCCCAUCAGCUUUGGCAUACAUUUGCGGUACUUGGAGGCGCUUUCCAUAUUGUUGCUUUGGUGGCUGCAUAUGACUAUCGUCGGAUGCACAAAAUCUGCUGA